CCUCCAUUGACUCUUUGACUUUCCGUGCGUGUUUUGUUGGUCGAACUCUACAUCGCCGUGCUAUCCUGCGCCCUCUGCACUGUUGGUGAUGGAAACCCCGCGCCCGUUCACUUGCACCUUGAUGUGACAGGUGAACGCUUCCUCCAAAGACUCCUGUCUCUCUGCCGACACAGCUCGCGACACUCGAAGGACGGCUGACUGCAGAUAUGUCUGGAGCUAUGAUGAGACUAUUGAUCUGCGCUCUGGCGAUGAUGAUCGCGCUGGUCGCGGCGCAGGAUACGAAUAUUGUGUAUCCGACUACUGCUGGACCUUCUGCGACUCCGCUGCCGAACGCAGAUGGCUAUACUUAUGCUGGAUGCUGGAAUGAGACGAUCGAUGUAGCUGGGUCAGGCGGUGUACGAGCACUGAGUGAAGUCGGGAACUUCUCCGCCAACAACUCCAUGACCAUCGGCUCCUGCCUCAAAUUCUGCCAAUCCGCCAACGCCCGAUUCGCCGGCCUCGAAUACGGCCGCGAAUGCUACUGUUCUCCCUACCUCUCCACGUUUAGCGAAAGACUCGACGAAUCGAACUGUAGUUUCGCGUGCAACGGCAAUGCGAGCGAGAUUUGUGGUGGACGAUUGGCUAUUACGUUAUACAACCGGACAGAAGGCUCGACGGGAAUGGCGUGGAGAGUGGGAAGUGGGAGUCAGGCGACUUGGUAUGGGUUUUUGGCGUUUGUGUUUAUGGUUUUUGCGGCGUUUUUGUGAGCGGGAAGCGAGUUUGGAAGAGCGAGCGUUUGAUCUGAAAUGAUUUGAGGAUGUCAGAAGAGAUUGAGGUUGAAAUUGGAGGAGAUUGAUUUGAUAUACCCCAGAUGAGAGGAUACAUGUUGGUGCCAGCAAAAGAAAUGGCUGAGAAAUUGAGGAAAGAUCAACAGAAUUUUGGAACACGUUCGAGCGAGUUAGGUAUGUUCUAGAAUGCAAAAAGAAAAUUAAGCCUCUCGGCCCCCUCCCGCACGG